AUGGGGCAGCAGCAGGGCCGCGUCGGAGGGGCUGCAGGAGGGGGCGGCGGAGGAGGAGGAGAUGCGGCUCAGCCGGGCAGGGGCAGGCUGGGCUCGGCCAGGCCUGGCCACGGACACGGGGGAAGGAGGAGAGAAGCGGCGGCCUCGGCGGCGGCGGCGGCUGCGGCGGCGGCCCGGGGGAUUGAAGGAGCCUGUAACAUCUUCACCCAUCACGAAGCACUGCACCGUCCAUUUGGUUCUGACAUCGACUCUCAGACCCUGAAUGAAGCAGUGAGGUGGAGCUCAAAGGAGAAUCUCCUGGGAGCUGCCGAAAGCGAUCCCAAUUUGUUUGUUGCACUUUAUGACUUUGUUGCGAGUGGUGACAACACACUGAGCAUCACUAAAGGUGAAAAGCUCCGUGUGCUGUGCUAUAACCAGAAUGGUGAGUGGUGCGAGGUGCGUUCGAAGAAUGGACAGGGUUGGGUACCCAGCAAUUACAUUACGCCUGUCAACAGCCUUGAAAAGCAUUCCUGGUACCACGGUCCUGUCUCGCGUAGCGCAGCCGAGUACCUGCUUAGCAGCCUCAUCAAUGGCAGCUUUCUUGUACGGGAAAGUGAGAGCAGCCCAGGACAGCUUUCUAUAUCCCUCCGUUACGAGGGUAGAGUUUACCACUACAGAAUCAACACUACACACGAUAACAAGGUGUAUGUGACAGCAGAAAGCCGGUUUAACACAUUGGCGGAGCUUGUUCAUCACCAUUCCACAGUGGCCGACGGAUUGGUCACAACCCUGCACUACCCUGCCCCAAAAUGCAACAAGCCCACCGUUUACGGAGUCUCCCCAAUACACGACAAGUGGGAGAUGGAACGCACUGACAUAACCAUGAAACACAAGCUGGGCGGAGGGCAGUACGGUGAGGUGUACGUCGGAGUCUGGAAGAAAUACAGCUUAACUGUAGCAGUAAAAACACUGAAGGAGGACACAAUGGAGGUGGAAGAAUUUCUGAAAGAAGCUGCUGUAAUGAAGGAGAUUAAACAUCCCAACUUAGUCCAGUUACUAGGCGUCUGUACUCUGGAGCCGCCCUUUUACAUUGUGACUGAAUAUAUGCCCCAUGGGAAUUUGCUGGAUUACCUUCGCGAGUGCAACAAGGAGGAGGUGAAUGCUGUGGUGCUGCUUUAUAUGGCCACGCAGAUCUCCUCUGCCAUGGAGUACCUGGAGAAGAGGAACUUCAUUCACAGAGACUUGGCUGCUCGUAACUGCCUGGUCGGUGAGAACCACGUGGUAAAAGUUGCAGACUUUGGCUUGAGCAGGUUAAUGACUGGCGAUACUUACACUGCCCACGCUGGAGCUAAAUUUCCAAUUAAAUGGACUGCACCAGAAAGCCUUGCUUACAACACCUUCUCCAUCAAAUCUGACGUGUGGGCCUUUGGUGUGCUCCUUUGGGAAAUUGCCACGUACGGUAUGUCACCAUAUCCAGGAAUCGAUCUGUCUCAGGUGUAUGAUCUACUUGAGAAAGGAUAUCGAAUGGAACAGCCUGAAGGAUGUCCGCCAAAAGUCUAUGAGCUAAUGGGAUCAUGUUGGCAGUGGAAUCCAAUGGACCGCCCAUCGUUUGCUGAGAUCCAUCAAGCAUUUGAUUCCAUGUUUCACGAUUCCAGCAUUUCAGAAGAAGUUGCAGAAGAACUGUGCAAAACUGCGUCGUCGUCUUUGAUCAGCCAUCAGCCUCAGUUACCUUUGCUCCCAACAAAAACUCGAACACUAAAAAAAAGUGCCGAAAAUAAGGAAAACAUGGACAUGGAUCAUCCCCCUGCAGCUCAUACCACAGUGUCAGGAAUGGGAACAAGCACAGUCCCUUGUAGCGUCUCACCAGCACUGCCUCGCAAGCAGAGAGACAAAUCGCCAAGUGGUCUGCUGGACGAUAGCAAAGAGACCCUUUUCACCCGGGACAGAAAGGCUGGCUUCUUCAGCUCCUUUAUGAAGAAGAAGAGUGUCCCUAUGCCUCCCAAACGCAGCAGCUCCUUCCGAGAGAUGGAGAACCACCCACACAAAAAAUACGAGAUAACGGGUAACUUUUCUUCUUUCUCGUCUUUCCAGCACUCAGAUGGUCUUACUUUUGUCCAGUCGCACGCCGAAGCCAAUCACACCCCAGCGAGGUGCUGCGGAAGGGGUUCCGAGCAAAGAAACUCUAACGGGGGCGUGACUGGAGGAAGUGGGUGGGCGGGAUUUGCUGGGUUUUUCACUCCGCGCUUAAUAAAAAAGACCCUUGGCUUGAAAGCUGGAAAGCCUUCAAGCAACGACGAUUCAAGCCUGGAAGGCACCAAACCCUUCCCGCGAUCCAACUCUACUUCGUCCAUGUCAUCGGGGCUUCAGGAGCUGGAUCGUCUGGCCUUGACUCUUCCCAGGAAUUGUCAGCGGAAUCGGAUUCAGCUGGAUCACCAAGCACCCAUUAUCAGCAGAGAGGAGGGUCCAGGGAGAUUGACUGAUCCACUGCACAGAAAAGUAGAGGACGGAACCGGUUCGCCUCGGGACAAAUCGAAAGCAAAAUUCUUGGCGAGGAGUGCUGCAGCCGCUACUCUAGCUGCCUACGUAGGCGACGGUGCAUCAGGAGACUGUGACUUCCCGCAAAGCCCCAACACAGUGACAGCGGGACGUGGGGAAACCAACAGCAGCUAUUCAGGAACCAUGGGCGUCAAAGAGGAUGUGGACAAGGUGGGUUGGAUGUCCCCAGCAAAGGCCUGUUCUACACUCCCGACCACCCACAACCACAAAGUACCUGUCUUGAUAUCACCAACUUUGAAACACUCCCCUGCGGAGGUUCAGCUGAUCGGAAUGGAUUCUCUGGGAAAUAAGUUUAAGCUUUUGUCCGAGCACCAGAUUGGGUCGUCUGACAGGGAGAGGCCGAGACUUGUGAAGCCAAAAUGCGCGCCACCCCCACCCCCUCCGCCUUCUCUAAAACUUUUACAGCCUCCGCCAAGCACCGGACUCAACAUCACGGAGACGUCAGGGGAUUGUGAGAGCACUUCAACAGGACAGCCAGAGCUUGAGAUCAACGGUGUAGGUGGUAAAAGGCCAACGGUGGCAGUGGGUGGUGGUAAAAUCUCUCGACCGUCCAUGCCGCCCCCUCAAGUGCCUGUAGCUUUAUCCGUUUCCCUGGCAGCGAUAUCCAGACUUACCAACGGUGCCUCGGUAUCGACCGGUGCCCGCGUUUCCUUGCGCAAAACUAAGCUGCCACCGGAAAAGGUGCCGAUGGAAAAAAUCAGCAAGGAAGCAUUGCUGGAGUGUGCUGAGUUUCUGUCCAGUGCCAUUGACAGCAGCUCAGAGGUGACGUCCAACAGUCAGUUAGUUGAAGCUGGGCACCGGUUGCUGGAUUAUUCUUCUGGUUAUGUGGACUGCAUCACGCAAAUGAGGAAUAAAUUUGCUUUCCGGGAAGCUGUGGGCAAACUUGAACUAAGCCUGCAGGUCCUGCAGGUGUCCUCCACAGCCUCCACGGGACUGCCUACAAACCCUGUGCUCAGUAACUUGCUGACAUGUGUCAAAGAGCUCAGCGACAUUGUACAGAGGUAGCUGUGAUGCUCUUGCUGUCGGCGUGAGGAUUGGUGACUCGAGUUUUGUUUUUAAUUGUCUGAAGUACCUCAGCAAAUGUUCAGCUCUUCAUUGUUUACAGAUUCAUCUCUUUUAGUCCGUAGAGUCCUGGUCCGAGCUGUCUGUGCAUACCAAGAGCGAGCGAGCGUGUGUGUGUGUGUGUGUGUGGGAGGGGGGUUAACACUGCCACCUCCCCCGUUUAAUGGGUGGAAGAUUUUUCCCGGUUAUUAAUAAAAUUGUAACACGUGUGUUUUACGGAUGAGGUCCAAAACCAACUAUUGUGGGUCAUAUCUGAGGUGAAGGCUUUAUUCCACCGCUGAUCAAUCUUAAGGGAUUCUCGUUCAAAGAGGAAUCAUACCCCAAUUUUCUGGGAUUCCCGACGUAUCACGUGAUCAGUUGUAUGUGUCCUCAGUUGCUUGUGCCUUCACCGGCUUCCUUUUUACAAUUGCCAGCUGUUUCCUCUUGAAAACACUGCUUGUUCAAGGGAGCAGCCUGUAAGGUGUAAUUGUGGCUUGACCUCUUAACAAUUUAAUUGAGGAUUUUUUUUUGUCCUUUGCAAUGCCCUGGGUUUUGGUUUGGCUCCCGCUAUCCGAUUGCGAAGCCAAGGCAACUUUAAACGUCCCUCAGAACUGUGCAGGAUUAAAGGGGUACCUCAUCGAGGUUGCUUUCCAGAAUGGGCCUUGUGUACUUAUUUGUGGUCAGCAAAAAAAAUUAUCCCACGAAAUUCUCUGCUGUGACUUGAGAACAUCAGUGUAAAUUUCAUUACCUUGGGGAUUUCUGAGUGAAACUACUGUGUUUGCUGUGAGUAGAUAAAGCAUCCUUAAAUCAUGUGCACGUCCGUGCUCUGCUGCAGUCAACAUUUAGAGCAGGUUAAACCCCGUUGACUUAUCCUGUGGUGCUGGAGGGUCUUGAACGUCUCACAGGAUUAUUGCAGCUGUGCUUUCUCUGUUCACAGCAAUAGAUUAUCAAGCCAAACACUUUGAAAUGACCUGGCCUGUCUGCCAAAUGUCCAGUACCAUGGUUGCAGAGAAAUCUGGAUGAAGGAUUUGCUUUGUGGCUACCUGUUAACCCUGGCCUCCAGGCCAUAACCCUGACUUUGCUAUCAAGAGGGGCUGCCAAUUCAUUUCACGCAAAAAAAAAAAUCCAAUUAGAAGUUGGUCUGAAAAACAACUGGGCGUUUGAUCAGUUACCAGGAGGAUGCUCAUGGAUUGUGAGAGAGAUCCCAUUGUUUGUACAGCUGAACCACCAGAGUUGAAGGCCAAUGAGCUAGGCUGUAUCUCAUUUCUUCGCUGUUACUUACAUUUGCCCAUAGUCCUUUUUAAAUUGACCGUGAUUCCACCUAAUUUCAUGCCACAGAUUGAUUCCUGUGCAGUCUCUUCUUCCCCAGAUGUGAUCACACUAACUACAUUAUAUACGACACUACAACACUAACGGUCAUUCAGCCCCACAAGUCCAUGCUUCUAUUUGUACUUCACACAAGUCCCCAACUUUCCUAAUCCCCUCACAUACACUCCUAUUCCUGUCUUCCUCCACGUAUGCAUCAAGAUUCCUCUUAAAUAUAUUAAUAUACACCCUCUUACACUUCAGUCUCUGACACUAAUACUCACCCACCUAUUAAAGUUGCUAACACAAAAACGUGAAGCCUAUUCAGUGCAGACGUAUUAAAAUCUUUUUGGUAAAAUGCAUGUUGGAUGAUAAACUCUUUCCAAGGCAAAACACUGGAGUUGAACUUGAGGCUUAGCAAUGCAUGGACUAGUGAGGCACCAGAGAUUGCUGAAAAGGGCACAUUUCCUCAGUAUACCAGAACCUCAAUUUUCCACCGUAAGUGUGAAAAUGGAUAAUCCACUACCUAACUCAGCUUCCAUUCUGCUCCCCUUCCCGAGUGGCGUCAGAAUCACAAACAGCCCUUUCCUGAGCUGUGGCCAAGCUUUCAACCCUACAGAGAAUUUACAGAACCACCCACACAGGUAAUCCCAAACUUCUGCAUUGCUCUGGCAAAUGGGUGUUUGCAGAAAGUCUGAUCGGCCCAGAGAAGGACCAUAUGUUAUGUAGUAAUUUGACAGUUAAGGGACGAUGGCGUGCAAUUUAUUCUUACAAUCACAAUCAGAUGAACUGUCGUAUUUUUUAUUUUUAAACGCUGUAAAAUCAUUGCAUUUCACUGCAUCGAACAAUGAAAAGUAACUUUUUUCAGAACCGAAAUGGUCUAUCAAUGUCUCUUCCGUUGACUCAUCACAUUGGAACAAUCAAUGUAAUUUUAUCUGAAAGACCAGGGAAAACCAUCUGAAAUGUAAGAUAAAAGUGAUAGCUGCAGAAAUUUGUUAUUUUCUACUUAGUUAUGGUUACUUGAUCCUUGGCAAACUGAACGUGCAGAUUUCUGAAGCUAAUAGAAUUCUGCUGUUCUGUAUUUAAAGAUAUAUGGACCUAUUUUGCAGAUUCUAAUAUUAAAUUAUUGUGUAUACAAUUUGUAUGGCAAAGGUAUAGGGAUUGGAAUUACCAUGAUGUGGAAUUAUUUUUCCUUUAAUAUAUUUUAAAAUAUUUGAAGAUUACUUUCUGUUCAGGCAUUGCUGAAACUCACUGGGUUGCUCAGCUCCUACUUAAAUACAAUGGGACUUUAAUUAUCCACCAAUGUCUAUUAUCCAUGGAGGAGAAGGAGGAAGGGUACUUCAUUCUGACAGGUAAUUAAGGUCCCACUGUUAUUCGGGUUUAGGUCUUGACUGCAUGUGCACUGGUCAAUGAUAAAAUUACACUUUGUAAUAAUGCAGAGUGUUGAAUAUGUUUGUAACAGGUGCCUAUGUCACACAGAAUAUAUCCUCAGAAUCCCUCAAAAUAUGCUAGAGUUUUCGACAAGGCCAGGAUAAAUCGUCUUUUCUAUCUGAAAACACAAAUAACCUUGCCAUGUCCAGUAAAAUGCCGAAUUUGUUUUGGCUCUCAAUGCUGUGACCAUUCGAUUGAUCGUGUAUACAGUAUUACCUGUGGACUGUCAUUUCAGACUGCUUGUCGCUGCUGAGGAUUGCAGAAGUACUCUGUGCAUUUAUACCAAAGGCCACUUGGUUCAGUCAUUUUAGUGCAAUUUAGGCUGGGCCAAGGUCAUGUCUGGUUUCCUGGGUGGAUCUGAAAUAUACUUAAAAGCUCAGUGUAAUCUAUAAUAACUGCCCAAGGUGGGGAGCACAAUCUAGUGUUCCACACCAAUGUUAAACUGCUGCAGAGAAUAGUGUAAAGCACUCUAUCUCACACUCUGAUUCAAGUAGCACCCUCACUGUAGCCAUUUGGACAGUCUGGCAUUGCACACUGUAACUUUGCUCCAUAUUGCUUCAGAUACCGUCCACAACCUCUCAUUCUUUCGUGCAAGAUUUGCAUUGGCGGGGGAGAGGAGAAGCACAAAACCUUCAGAAUGGCUUGGCACAGAAAGCCACUCGUGUUCAAAACCUCCCUUGUUUUAAUCUAUCUUCCAACUUGAGUUAAGACUCUACGAGCCAUUGUAAAAAAGAGGGAGAGCAAAGUCUGCAGUUGAGACCUUUGAACAAAAGGUAGAUGUUGCUCCACUCCACUUGUGGGGCUGCUCUUGAAGCCUCUUCCUUCUGGUAAGACUGGGUAUAGAUUUCGGUGAGAAUGAACAAAGACCCCUUUGACGAUAGUAGUAUUUGGUGGUGAACGAUUAUUUUGAAUCCUUCUCGUACAUCAAAUGGGCAAUUUGAGAGGAAAGUGGAGGACAGAAGACUACAGCCCCCUUUUGAAUAUCAGAACACAGCUGCACAUGUAAUUGGAUUUUUCUUGAAUGAUUCAGUAUAUUUGGUACAAUAAUCUACAGGCAGCAAAUGAGGUUUAUUGGUUUAUUGCAAAAUACAGUUGUGUGUGAUGGUGGUCGGGGUGGGGGGGUGCAGGAGAUUCUCUGAUCCCAAGGAAAUGCAGUUUCACAGAUAUCCCAUCAACUUUCAGUUCCUAGCGUAAAUCUUAGAUAGGGAGUGUCAGAUAGGAAGUUCCUAGAUCACGAAAGGAGAGGUGUCAUUUCAGACUGUAGAUUUUAUUCUCAUUCAGUCUUACAGAUAGGGCCCCCGCUAGCAAUGGGUAGUGAUGGGCGCAGGCUAACUCUGUCGUCAAUCGUAUAUCUUGUAUUUUCAUUUUCACCUGAUGAUCGUACUUGAGCAAGAGCCAGGAAAAUGUUUUGUGAUACUUCAAUUACUGUGCAAUUACUAUCUAAUAUCCUUAAAUUAGUAGGAAUACAGCCUGCUGUGACAUCCUUAAAUGAUCAGAUGUAGAGAGUUGACAAAUAAUGUUUGAAUUUGAUACAGCGCUUUAUCGUGUGGUCGAGACAUCUACAGGAAUUACAGGAAGGACAGUGAGCAAUUGUAUGCAAACGAAAGAGAUGGCAUCUUACAUCGUUCCUCGAACACUCCCUACAGCUGGAACUUCGGCCUCGACCUUUUUGUCUUAAUAUUUAGGACUGCGCAGAAUUGUGGAAAAUUCUUAAAUCCAGUCUUAA